AUGAUUGGCUGUGAGCUCCAGGCUGAUGGGAAAAAAGGAGGAUUUGACCAUCAUGGCUACGAUGGGAGGACCUUCCUCACCUUCGACAAGGAGACCCUCACCUGGGUGGCUCCCCAACCCCAGGCCCAGAUCACCCAGAGGAAAUGGGACGCUAUUCCAGGAUUGAAUCAAAGAGAGAAGGCCUACCUGGAGGAAAUCUGCAUUGAGUGGCUGGAGAAGUACCUGUCCUACGGGAAUGAGACGCUACUGAGGACAGAUUACUAUCCCAUCAAGACCAGCCCUGCCCCUUCCUGUCUGGGCUCCUUGAUCCCUGCUGAGUCCCUGGGAAGGACUCAGAAUCCAGGAGUCUUUGUGGUUGAGCAUUUUCCAGAUCUGGAGCAUUUCCUAAAACUUUUGGAGACGCUGCAGGCUCUGGAGGGGCUCAGAGUUAAUUCCGGGGGUGCCGUUUCUGCAGAGCCCCCAGAGGUGACUGUGAGCAGCAAGACGGAGGUGGAGGAUGGAAUGGAGACGCGCGUCUGCCGCCUGGAUGGCUUUUACCCCAGGGAGAACGAUGCCUCGUGGAUGAGGGACGGGGAGGUCUGGCUGCAGGACACCUUCCGUGGGUCUGUGGCCCCCAACGCGGAUGGGACCUUCCACUCCUGGCUCAGCAUCCGGAUCGAUCCCCAAGAGAAGGGCCGCUAUCGGUGCCACGUGGAGCACGACGGCCUGCAGGAGCCUCUGGACGUGGCCAUAAAAGAUCCCCCCAUGGUGACAGUGAACAGGACGGUGGUAGAGAAUGGGAUGGAAAUGCACGUCUGCUACAUGGAUGGCUUCUACCCCAAGAAGAUUGAUGCCUCCUGGAGGAGGGACGGGGAGGUCUGGCAGAAUGACACCCUCCAUGGGCCUGUGGCCCCCAAUGCAGAUGGGACCUUCCACACCUGGCUCAGCAUCUGGAUCAAUCCAAAAGAGAGGGGCUGCUAUCGGUGCCACGUGGAGCACGACGGCCUGCAGGAGCCUCUGGAUGUGGCCAUAAAAGAACCAAAAUCCAAUGUGGGGAUCAUCAUCGGCUGCGUUGUGGCUGGUCUUGUCCUGCUGGGCAUGAUUGUUGGGAUCUGGUUUUUCAAGAAACGUCGGGAUGGCUACAAAGCACCAUCAG